CUUUUAAUUUCGUUUUCCAAUUUUUCCAAAUAUUCCCAUUCUUUUAUUUUUUUCUCUAUUUUCUCUAUAUUCUUAUGUUUCUUAGAUAAUUUUAAUUUUUUUAUUAAUAGAUUCACACAAUUCACAUUUUUGUCAUUUAACUUUUGUAAUUCUAACAAUUUUUUAUCUCUUUCAUCUUGUAAAUUUUUCAAUUUUUCUUUAAUGUCAGAUUUAACAUUACGUUGUUGGGACAUUUUCUUAUGGAGUAUUUUUUCAAGUUCAUUUUUUCUAUAUCCUAGAUUUUCCAGUAUUGCAUGUUUAUUCUUUAUUUUUUCUUCCGGAAGUUUGAGUUCAUUUUCCAAUUCUUCUAUUUCUUUCUCAAUUUUCCCAUAUUUCUCAUUUAUUUCUUUUAAUUUUCCUUCCAGAAUCUUCUCCUGUUCAUUUUUUAUCUUCUUUAAUUUUUCAUCCAAUUCUUUUUCAUCCAAUUCUUUAUCAUGCUUGUAUUUGCCUUCGGCAAUAACUGUCUCCUCCAUCUUCUGUUUAAAUUCCUCCUCAUUCAUCUCUCUCAACUCUUCCAUUUCAUUUUUAACUUCUUCGAUUAAUUCAACAAUUGCCAUAGGUGUAUCUGACUCAAUUUGUAUUUUUGAUUUUGUCUCAAAUAUUUUUACAAAAAUAUUUUUAACGCUUUUAUUACUAAAACAAAUUUUUCCAGUUGCGUUUGUUUCAUAA